AUUCAUCGCUGCGUGGUGUCGGUCAGCAGUCGAUUAUGAGCGCGUCACCGGCUAAUGCGCCGGGCGUCUGCGACUCCUCUGGGAGCGGCAUUCGGCCGCAGUGUGGCCGCGGCAGCGGUGGCGGCAGCAGCAGCAGCAGCAGCAGCAGGUAGCGGCUGUAGCGCCGGCGACCCGCCAUGACGACGCAGGCAGCGACGGGCCCGCUGCUGCUGCACGGCGCGCUCACCGCCUACAGCUUGUUCAGCGACCUCUCCUUCCUCUUCCUCGUGCUAGAUAUCGUGCGUGGUGUGCCCGGGCUGUACGACGAGGUCGUUUGCUGCGGCGGCGAGUACAUCACCAUCUGGAACCAGGUCCUUCAGCAGGUGUACGUCUUCAGCAGCCUGUGGGUAGACAUUGUGAAGGCGUUCCCUGGACGCUUCCCCUACUCCAGGAAAGCCGCUUCGGCAGUGCGUAACUUCCUGUUUCCAGCAUGUGUCGUUCCUAUCAACACUAUUGUGUUGGUCUUAUUUUGGAGCCUGUAUCUCUCGGCGCCACAUAUGAUAGAAGAUCGAGGCAUAAUGGAACGUUACCUGGAGUCCUGGAUGAACCACUGUUUACACACAAAUAUUAUCAUUAUUAGUCUGAUGGAGAUCAUCAUUUGUGCACCCAAGUUUCCCAGCAGAAGACGUGCUUUCGUAACAAUUGUUGGGAUGGUACUACUGUACAGCAUAACGGCAAGUAGUUGUCGCAUGCUGGGUGGGCCUUGGGCAUAUCCCAUAGUAAAAAUUAUGUUCAGUAACUGGAUGUCAUUCAUCGUGUUUCAAGCAAUUUGCAUCAGUAUUGGAUUUGCUGGUUAUAUUGUAGCAGAGCGCAUAAACAACUUAGUACAUGGUGAGCAAAAGAAAAUCAUGAAUGCAUCUAAUGGAUAUCAUCAAGACUGUAUCAAAAAUCAUCUUCAAUAGCCAUGACUUCCAGACACUCCAUGACUAUUGCUACUGAUACUGUUUUGACAAGGCCUUGGUGAGACUGUUGACUUCAAAAGUAUACCACAUGUGAAUUACAAAACUGAAAAUUUGGAAAAGUGGUUCUUCAGUUUUGUGUACUUUGAAAAUGUUGUGGAACAUUUGAGUAAGAUAUGGAUACAUACUGUCUGAAUACUAAUUACAAGGAUCUUGCAGGACUACAGAAUUUAUGAAGACUGAAUACAAGUGAGUUCCUUUAGUAACUGAUGUGUCAGACCAAAGAAAUGCAAAAACAGUGUGAGCUACAUAGCUCUUUAAAUGACAAAUCUUAGAUAUAUAUACUGCACCUGAAGAAAUUUACAGUGCAACAUGUGCUCUGAUUUUAUUUGUUUCAAUAUUGAAACUUUGAAAGCAUGCUUGCUUUCAAGCAAGAAACUUUAUUUUUUUAUAGAUAUUUUACUUGGUAAAUUUAAUUCAUGCACUGUGGCCACACUAAGAGAUGGCCGUUUCAUAUUUUUAUCAUUUUAAGGAUGUAUUUUUGUAACAUAAAUGUAAUUUGUUUUUCUAUGUAAUCAUAAAUAAAGUUCUCUCAGUAUGUAUAGUAUAUUUUUAAUAAAACAUAGUAGUGAAAUUCA